UAUACCUUCGCUGACAAAGUCACAUCCGGUGUGAUUUUCGACACGUGGGCUGCAUCAACACAAUAAAGCGCAAAGCACGCUGUGCGACAGCUUAGCCGCGCAGACGGUCGAUAUUCUGACAGACGGAGCAGACAUUUUAUUUUUCAGCUCCUUCACGAACACUUGACCUUCAUGGAUAAAAUAAAGAAUGGUUGGUUUAGUGAAGUGAGCGAACUAUGGCCAGGCCAGUCAAUGUGUUUGGAAGUUCAAGAGGCUCUGUACAAUGAACGAUCUAAGUAUCAAGAUAUAUUGGUCUUCAAAAGCAAAACAUAUGGAAAUGUUCUAGUACUCGAUGGGGUUAUCCAAUGUACAGAGCGUGAUGAAUUCUCGUACCAAGAGAUGAUUGUCCAUCUACCCCUGUGUUGCCAUCCUAACCCACGCAAGGUGCUGAUCAUUGGUGGGGGUGAUGGUGGAGUCGCACGGGAAGUACUCAAACACAAAACAAUUGAAUGCAUUGACAUGUGUGAAAUAGACGAGAAAGUCAUAGAGGUUAGCAAAAAGUACCUACCCCAGAUGGCCUCUAGUUUUAAUGACCCUCGUCUGAAGCUUCACAUUCAGGAUGGUUUUGAAUUCAUUGCAAACCGUGAAAGCUCUUAUGAUAUUAUCAUCACAGAUUCUAGUGACCCUGUAGGUCCUGCCUCAUCUCUUUUUGAGAAGCAGUAUUAUGAGCUAAUGAAGAAGGCACUAAAGCCAGACGGCAUCCUAUGCAGUCAAGGAGAAUGCACUUGGCUCCAUCUGGACCUAAUACGUAGCAUGCAAGAGUUCUGCAGGACUCUGUUUCCCUCUGUGUCAUAUGCCUAUACCACCAUCCCAACAUACCCCAGCGGGCAGAUUGGCUUCGUUUUGUGCAGCCUUAAUCCUGAUCUUCGGUUUGAAGAGCCAGUACGAACCCUAACAUCUCAGCAGGUGGAUGAAUGGCAACUGAAGUAUUACAACUCUAAAAUUCAUCGUGCAGCAUUUUGUUUACCUGAGUUUGCGCGAAAGGCUAUACAAGAAAGCAAGCCCAAUGGUGAUACAAUGUGAGGUCACAACUCUACACCCAUAACACUGGGAAAUGAUAGAUGUUUUUUUAUUUAUUUUUUACCAGUGUUAAUUUUCUUUCUCUGGUCACUGUUCUUUGGAUCUUGUGAUGUUUUGAAGACUAUUCUUCCUGUCACAUUUUUGGGCAUCUGACAUUUUUCAAAGUUGGAUCUUGCAAUAAAUGCGCACAUGAAUUGUCAUCUUUUUGCUAUUUUUUUUUUUUUUUAAUCAGGAAUGUCCUAGGAAUUGGGACAGAUGUACACAUGCUAGUCACUGCUGUCCUGUGCUUGAUCCGUUUAUUUUCAAGCAAUAAUGUAAGCGUACAGAUGCAGUUUCAUAUGAGUGUUGAAUGCAGGAAGUUUUUUCUCCCCCUUGUUACUCUUCAAGGUCUUUAUUUUUAACUGUCAUGAUUGAAUAUUUAAAAUACAUCUGUGAUCACCAAGAUCAUACAGUGAGAGGUUUUUAUUUUAUUAAUGCAAGUGUAGUGCUUGUGGGUAUUGACAACAUGGUUUGACUGAUUUAUUGGAAAUGCUUCCUUGUUCACGAGUGUCACUAAUGGUUUGUAGUUGUGAAGACUGCUUUAACUGUCUGUAAUUACUGUUCCUACAUGGAUCAUAGGCUGUUUAUAUGUUAGGGGAUAAAAACAACUUUGCGGGUGUAUCUAUUUUUUUAAAUGAAUGUCUCUGAUUCCCCCGCAUGCAUACAUUUCCUCUUUUGUUCAAAAGCUAUAAACGGUGCUGUUAUGACAUGAUGUUUUAUAUCUGACUGUGUAGUCACACAUACCAAAAUAAAUAUAGCACUGUAGUAGCUCUACAUAUAGUAUUCAAAACUUAUUUGGAGCUUUGUAGGCUAUUUUGGAUUAGCUUUUUUGCCUACAAAUUUUUUGUUUUGUAUAGCAAAAUCUUUUACAUUUUUCUACUUGCAUUUAUUAGAACAUUAAAGUAUAUAACUGAGUAGGAUUGUUAACAUUGUCUACCUCCAUUGCUUAUACAGGGACUCUUGUUUGGCAGAUAGCAUGAUUGCUAACUAGAAUCAGAAUGUUAAAGGAUUGAGGCAGUAAUUGCUGCAGAUUGUGUUAGACAUUCCAACUGAUCAAAUCAGUUUUGGUUUAGUUCAAGUGGCAAAUGUUUUUUUAGCACUAUAAAGUCACCUGGAUUCAUACGUCUAGGGUAUUUCACCUACUCUGUUAGUGGUACACUGUCACGUACAUUUAUAAGAAUUUAUUGCAAAUGUGGUUGCAACAGCUGUUAUGUCAGGAUUAUAUUUGAGAUUAUGAAAAGCAUGUUGGCAAAUGAAAUCUGAUGUAAGACAGCCUAAAGGUUUCAGAUUUGCAACAAAGUCCUUGUGGGAACAUGCAGUAUGUUUACUUGAAGUAGAGAGCAGAGUCAGGUUGCUUUUAAAGAAACUGAUUUUUUUAUACUACACAUGGAUACAAAUUUUGGCCUCCCUCCUCCUGUUGAAAAGGUAUCUAAACUUAUAUUGACCUAAAGGCUACCUGCAGAGUUUGAUUUUAUCCAGAAUUUUAAAAAAGUUCUGAGGUUGAAGGUAAGAAUUUGUCAUUUUAUUUUAUUUUUUAUCACUAGGUAAAUAGCUACCCAGGGUCAUAUCAGUAACCUUUUAAGUCAAACCCAGAAAGGUUACAUUACUACAUAUCUUACAACUGGUAACCUUGACAGAGGUCAUUGUUGCCUGGUUCUGCUUACAGAAUUGCCUGCACAUUACUUCUCCCACCCCUUUUUUUGAGGAGUAUUUGCAGGGAAACCUUUUCUGUAGGCAACAAGCAUUGUGCUGAAACCUUCAGGCAGUGUAUUUUAGAUAUAUGUGUUGGCUUUUUGUAGUAGUGCUGGCUUUGUUGGAGCUGUUUGUGACAACCAAAACACAGUAUGAUGUUGCACAAGUGCUAUAGGUUUCCAAUCUAAUCAGUCAUCUCUGUACUGAGUACUUGUAAAAUAAACAUGUUGAAAAA